AUGGCUGACCGAGGACACCAUGACAAGAAUACAGUGACAUACAACGAUGUGCAUGUUGACAUCACACAUGAAGAAUGGGCAUUAUUGGAUCCUUCACAAAGGAAUCUCUACAAAGAGGUGAUGCUGGAGACAUACAUGAACCUCACUACUAUAGGCUACAAUUGGGAAGGUCUUGAAGUUGAAGAACAUUGUCAAAGUUCUCAAAAACAUGGAAGGCAUGAAAGAAGUCUUACUACAGAGAAAUCAUCUGAACAUUAUCAGUGUGGUCAAGCCUUUGUUCAUCACAGUCAUCCUCCAAGUAAUAAAAGAACACAUACUGGAGAACAACCUUAUGAAUAUAAUCAGUAUAGUAAAGCCUUUGUAAAUCCCACUCAUCUUCAAGUACAUAAAAAAACCCAUACUGGAGAGAAACCCUCUGAAUGUAAUCAGUGUGGGAAAGAAGUUGCUCAUCACAGUACUCUUCAAUUGCAUGAAAGAACACAUACUGGAGAAAAACACUAUGAAUGUAAUCAGUGUGGUAAAGCCUUUGCUCAUUACUAUUCUCUUAAAUUGCAUGAAAGAACACAUACUGGAGAGAAAUCACACAAUUGUAAUCAGUGUGGGAAAGCUUUUGCUGAUCACAGUCAUCUUCAAAUACAUGAAAGAACACAUACUGGAGAGAAACCCUAUGAAUGUAAUCAAUGUGGUAAAACCUUUGCUCGUUACUAUUCUCUUAAACUGCAUGAAAGAACACAUACUGGAGAGAAACCCUAUGAAUGUAAUCAGUGUGGGAAAGUCUUUGCUCAUCAAUAUACUCUUCAAUUGCAUGAAAGAGCACAUACUGGAGAGAAACCCUAUGAAUGUAAUCAGUGUGGUAAAGCCUUUCAUUAUCACUAUGGUCUUCGAAGGCAUGAAAGAACACAUACUGGAGUGAAACCACACAAUUGUAAUCAGUGUGGGAAAGCCUUUGCUCAUCACAGUCAUCUUCAAAUACAUGAAAGAACACAUACUGGAGAGAAACCCUAUGAAUGUAAUCAGUGUGGUAAAGCUUUUGCUCGAAACAGUCAUCUUCAAAUGCAUGAAAGAACACAUACUGGAGAGAAACCCUAUGAAUGUAAUCAGUGUAGUAAAGCCUUUGCUUAUUACUCAUCUCUUCAAUUGCAUGAAAGAACACAUACUGGAGAGAAACCCUAUGAAUGUAAUCAGUGUGGUAAAGCUUUUGCUCAAAACUGUCAUCUUCAAAUACAUGAAAGAACACAUAUGGGAGAGAAACCCUAUGAAUGUAAUCAAUGUGGUAAAACCUUUGCUCGUUACUAUUCUCUUAAAUUGCAUGAAAGAACACAUACUGGAGAGAAACCCUAUAAAUGUAAUCAGUGUGGGAAAGUCUUUGCUCAUCAAUAUACUCUUCAUUUGCAUGAAAGAACACAUACUGGAGAGAAACCCUAUGAAUGUAAUCAGUGUGGUAAAGCCUUUCAUUAUCACUCUGGUCUUCGAAGGCAUGAAAGAACACAUACUGGAGUGAAACCAUACAAUUGUAAUCAGUGUGGGAAAGCCUUUGCUGAUCACAAUCAUCUUCAAAUACAUGAAAGAACACAUACUGGAGAGAAACCCUAUGAAUGUAAUCAGUGUGGUAAAGCUUUUUCUCAAAACAGUCAUCUUCAAAGGCAUGAAAGAACACAUACUGGAGAGAAACCCUAUGAAUGUAAUCAGUGUGGGAAAGCUUUUUCUCAAAACAGUCAACUUAAAAGGCAUGAAAGAACACAUACUGGAGAGAAACCCUAUGAAUGUAGUCAGUGUUGUAAAGCCUUUGCUUAUCACAAUGCUCUUCAAUUUCAUGAAAGAACACAUAAAUGA